UGUCUGCAGUCUCUGACCAUCUUCUGUAUCAUGUCAGCAGUCUCUGACCAUCUUCUGUAUAUGUCCACAGUCUCAGGUCAUCUCCUGUAUGUGUUUGCAGUCUCUGACCAUCUCCUGCAUCAUAUCUGCAGUCUCUAGUCAUCUCUUGUAGUAUGUCCGCAGUCUCUGGUCAUCUCCUGUACUGUGUCCGCAUUCUCUGGUCAUCUCCUGUACUAUGUCCGCAGUCUCUGGUCAUCCCCUGUACUACGUCCGCAGUCUCUGGUCAUCCCCUGUACUACGUCUGCAGUCUCUGGUCAUCUCCUGUACUAUGUCCACAGUCUCUGGUCAUCUCAUGUACUAUGUCCACA